CUUCUCGACCUCGCCAUGUCAUUGCUCAUCACAGGCCAAAGUUAGAAUCGAGAAUUUGUUGGUUAAACUAGCUAGGUUGAGAAAUUUUUAGUUGAGAUGGAGGGGAGGAGCAGUGCAAAGUUGGUAGCGGCGGCGGCGGCCGUGGCGGUGGCGAUGCUGGUGCUGGUGCCGGAGGCGACGCGCGCCGAGCGGUUCAUCGUCGGCGACGCGGCGCGGUGGACGUGGGGGUACAACUACACCGACUGGGUCAUCAAGAAGGGCCCCUUCUUCCAAAACGACUCCCUUGUGUUCAUGUACGACCCGCCGAACGCGACGGUGCACGCGCACAGCGUGUACAUGAUGAGGAGCGCGGCGGACUACCAGUCGUGCAACCUGAAGGCGGCGAGGCUGGUGGCGAACGUGAUGCAGGGCGCCGGGCAGGGCUACGAGUUCGUGCUCAAGAAGCGCAAGCCGCACUACUUCGUCUGCGGCGAGCGCGGCGGCAUCCACUGCACCAUGGGCCAGAUGAAGUUCAUCGUCAAGCCCAAGAGCUCCGCCUGCCGCGACGACUGACCGCCUCCGCCGCCGCGCGCCGGCCGCGGACCAGCCAGCCAGCCACGGUGGUCAUCGCCGCCGGCCAGCCGGGCCAUAGCUUCGAUCUUCUUCUGCAUGCCACCUUCACGGUUGAAUUAUUAUUGUAAGUUAUUAUUAUCAAUAUAUAUAUUUAUACAUCUAAUUGUGUUGCGUGUGGUGAGGUGUAGUCUUGUAAUGUGUGACUGUCGGGUGAUAUUUAUGCGUGACUGAGUCAUUUGGUUGAAAUAAACGAGGGAAUAUUAAUGUGCGCGCAUGUCGUGGAGUGCGUUGAUUUUAUAUGACGAACCUGUGUUUG